UUCGCUGCGGACUCAGCCACCAGGCUUCUUUUUUUCUUUUGGUUCUCGGUGCAACGUGAGCCUUCCCUGAGGACCAGGAGGCGUGGGCCAGGAAGCCGCUUCUCAUCCGGCUAGGCUCGAGAACGUUCCUCCGCCCUCCCGUAGGUAACUCGGCCGGAUUCGCGCGAUUUUCCUGGGCACCCGGUGGAUUCGCCACGCGGUGGGCGCCUGUUCCUUGUCAAGACACUACUCACUGAAGUUCGGAGAGAAGAUCCACCGCUUCCCAGCAUUUCUCUCGGAGGAGAACCACACUACAGGGAAAAUGUCCGUUUUCCCUAAAAUAUUUUUGAGACCUGAGGUUGAAAACUAUCUUAAAGAGGGCUUUAUGAAUAAGGAGGUUGUAUCUGCUUUGGGUAAACAAGAAGCAGAAAGGAAGUUUGAAGCUCUGUUAAAUCAUCUGUCUCAUCCUCCAUUAUUCACAACUGUCAGAGUGAAUACACAUUUAGCCUCAGUGCAACAUGUGAAAAGUCUAUUGCUUGAUGAACUUCAGAAGCAGUUUAAUGGAUUAAGUGUUCCCAUUCUUCAGCAUCCAGAUCUUCAAGAUGUCCUACUUAUUCCUGUUAUUGGACCUAGGAAGAGUAUUAAAAAACAACAAUGUGAAGCUAUUGUGGGAGCCCAGUGUGGCCAAGCAGUGUUAAGGGGAGCCCAUGUCUAUGUUCCAGGAAUUGUAUCAGCUUCAAAAUUUAUGAAAGCUGGAGAUAUAAUCUCUGUAUACUCUGAUAUUAAAGGAAAAUGUAAGAAAGGAGCCAAAGAAUUUGAUGGAACAAAAAUAUUUCUUGGAAAUGGAAUUUCUAACUUAAGCCGCAAAGAAAUCUUCAACGGGUUACCUGAACUGAAAGGGAUAGGCAUAACAAUGACGGAACCAGUGUAUCUCAGCCCUUCAUUUGACAAUGUACUGCCCCAUUACUUAUUUUUACAGAAUUUGCCAUCUGCCUUAGUAGCCCAUGUUCUGAAUCCUCAACCUGGAGAGAAAAUUCUAGAUUUGUGUGCAGCACCAGGGGGCAAAGCAACACACAUUGCAGCACUGAUGCAUGAUCAGGGAGAUGUAAUAGCACUGGAUAAAAUCUUCAACAAAGUAGAAAAACUAAAGCAGAAUGCUUUAUUUUUAGGACUGAAUUCCAUUAGGGCAUUUUGCUUUGAUGGAACAAAGGCAGUUAAACUUGAUAUGAUUGAGGACACAGAAGGGGCACCUCCAUUCUUACCAGAAUCUUUUGACCGAAUUCUUCUUGAUGCACCCUGUAGUGGAAUGGGACAGAGACCAAACAUGGCUUGUACUUGGACUUUGAAAGAAGUAACAUCAUAUCAACCAUUACAGCGAAAACUCUUUACUGUGGCAGUUCAACUGCUGAAGCCAGGUGGUGUGCUGGUUUAUAGCACAUGCACCAUAACGCUGGCAGAAAAUGAAGAACAAGUUGCCUGGGCCCUCACAACAUUUCCUUGCCUUCAGCUUCAGUCUCAGGAACCACACAUCGGAGGAGAAGGAAUGAUGGGAACAGGCCUAUCAUGUGAACAAUUGAAACAGCUGCAGCGAUUUGAUCCAUCUGCUGUGCCAUUACAGGAAACUGACAUUGACUCUCUCAGAGAAGCCAGAACAGAAGACAUGAUGCUGCUAGCGAAUAAGGAUUGCAUAGGUUUUUUUAUUGCAAAAUUUGUAAAAUGCAAAAGCACAUAGAAGGAUCUGCAGAAAUGAAAAUUCCAAACAUUUGCUGUCUGCGUUUUUUUUUUUAAACAAAAGUGUUGUCAGACCAACUGAGGGAUGGCGUGGUUGCUAAGGAAACAGAAAAGGCUGCCAGCUGUUUCACUAGGGAGCAAGAGACACAGAGGAAGUAGAGGGUGAUGAGAUUCUAUUCUGUGUUUUUAAAAAAAUUUUCUUUAUGGAUUUAUUAGCGUAAGGAAAAGGAAAGGCUGGAGCAUAUUUUCAUUUGGGGGUCUCGUGUUUUAAUUUGUAAAGAAUGAAAGUCAUUUUAAAUGUUAAAAAUUAGUUAAUCUAGCAAAAGGAAUAAGUUAGCAAAAUUUAAUAUGGUUAUAAAAAAUAAUUGUUUUUUGUUCCAAAGUUCCUCAGUAGCAGUUCUUUAAGAAAGGACGUGGGAAGUAAAACCUUGACUUUGUGCUAGUGACUGAGAUAAGUAUUCUACCUGACUCUGCUUACUGUUUGGUAAAUCAGCCCUCUUUCAAAUGAAGUGUGGACCUCUUUUAAAUGAUAGUCUGCCUCUACUGUGUUUAAUUUAUUGUCAUAGUUUUAAACUAAGAAGUAAAAUAUUUUCUUGUAGAUGAAAAA